AUGGGUGUCCUCUUCCGGCCAUCGCCACGCAUGCUCAUCGGCAUCGCCACCAUAUUCAUGACGGUCGGCUCGUUCCUCCUCCUGAUACCGCAAGCCACUCCUUUCCGACUGCUCCCCUUCCCUGACCGCGCACCCUCCCCGCGGAGCCACGAGAGACUGUACGGCGACGGGUACAGAGGCCACGCAUCACCAGCCGACAUCAACCGCGUCGCGAACGCCACGCUCGGCUUCGACCGCGUCUUCGUCGUCGGCCUCCCCGAGCGGAGCGACAAGCGCGAUGCCAUCACGCUUACCAGCGCUCUGACGGGCUUCCGCGUCGAGUGGGUGGAUGGCGUCAGGGGCGAGAGUGUUCCGGAUAAGGCUGUUCCGUUUGGUACUAGUCGGGAGAGGCUGUGGGAGGCGAAUUUGGGCAGCUGGAGGGCGCAUAUGAAUGCGGCUCGGAGGAUCAUCCAAGACGACCUUGCCUCCGCGUUGAUCUUGGAGGACGACGUGGACUGGGACGUCCGCCUUAAGCCACAGCUCGAACGAGUCGCCCAGGGCGCCCGUGCUAUCCUAUCCUCGAACCCAAAGCCGCAUUCCCCCUAUGGAGACGAUUGGGACAUUCUAUGGCUUGGCCACUGCGGUGAGAUUUUCCCCGAGACGCUCGAAGAGAACAGGGGCAGAUCGUCCGACGACCCGGCCCUUCGAUACAUGACGCGAAGAUUCGUCAUUCAAGACGAUAUGACGGUGCCUCCGAGGGACCGCAUCACGGGCCUCCUCGACUUCAAGAACAGCCCCGAGCACACGCGAUGGGUGCAUAUCUCGGGUGCUCCUAUCUGCACCUUCGCCUACGCCCUGUCCCAGAGGGGCGCUAGGAAGGUGCUCUUCGACCUCUCGGUCAAUCACCUGACCGGGCCCUUUGAUAAUGCGCUGGCCGGACUGUGUAGGCGAGCCGUGUCGACCCAUGGUAUCGAAGACCCGGCUGCGGCGGGUGAUGGUGGGCUCGAUACGAAGUGCAUCAGUGUCACGCCACCCCUUUACUUCCACCACAAAGCGAGGGGCCUCGUGGAUGGCGACAGCGAUAUCAAGGCUAUUAACGACGGGCAGGUGCGCGAGCGAGGCUCGACCGAGAACAUCGUUUGGAGUGCACGCGGAAACAUCGACAAUAUGAUCUUGGGUGCCACCACGAUGGAGAGUCAGUACGAUAAUCAGGAUGUAUGA